UCUGCAGGAAGAGUGAAACAACAUGGUCAGAGGAAAGGUGCAAAUGCGACGAAUAGAGAACCCUGUCCACAGACAGGUAACCUUCUGUAAGCGCCGUGGGGGGCUCCUCAAGAAGGCCAGGGAACUAUCAGUGCUUUGUGAUGCUGAUGUAGGUGUUAUCAUAUUCUCCUCUCAGGGAAAACUCCAUGAAUUAGCUACUAAUGGGUGUGUUUCCAAAUUCAUGUUUUAUAUAGAAUUUGUAAUUUGUGAAUACAAUUCUGAAAUGCUUUCCUUUUGUUCACAAAAUGCAAGAAAUAUGCAUAACUUGGUUGAAAGGUACCAGAGCAAUGUAGCAGGUGGUCAAAUGGAACCAGGAGCUCUACAAAGACAGCAGGUAGCAGAACAAGGGAUUUUCUUGUUAAGGGAAGAAAUAGAUCUACUACAGAGGGGUCUUAGGUCUACAUAUGGAGGGGGAGCAGGGGAAAUGACACUAGAUAAAUUGCAUGCACUAGAGAAAGGUCUUGAACUAUGGAUUUACCAAAUACGCACAACAAAGAUGCAGAUGAUGCAACAAGAGAUUCAAUUUCUUAGAAACAAGGAAGGCAUACUAAAAGAAGCAAAUGAAAUGCUUCAAGAGAAGGUGAAAGAACAGCAAAAGCUAUACAUGUCUUUGUUGGAUCUCCAUAGUCAACAACCAACACAACCAAUGACCUACGGAAAUCGCUUCUUCUCAAUCUAGCCGUCAAAGGACCUUGGUCAAUUCAACUCCGGGU